GUGCCAGGACAUAGUCCCCAGCUCCGCAUCCCACUAUCCUGGCACCAGGCUGGGUGGGCAGGGCAGUGGUGGGUCUGACCCGUCUGUGCAGCCCCAGCUCUUCACUGCAGGAGGUGGGCAAUGCCAGCUGCCCCCGCGUGCUGACGACAAGCAGGGAGAUGGAUCGUGGCGUCAGUCUGGAGAACCCCUACGCCAGCGUCAACAUCCCACGGGAACAGUUCCAGCAAAGCUUCAUCACUCGGUACCUGGAGGACGAGCCAACCGUCAUCGCCAACCCUGCGGUUGUGCCCACCGACAGCCUGCAGGAGCAGGCGGACGCUGCUGACGACUGGAACAGCCCCACCAUUUCCACAGAGAAGACUUGGUCCCGUCCCUACAAUCCCUAUGCCAGCAUGAAGAUGCCCAACGGGGAAUCAGCCAACUCCUUCUACACUGUCACCCUGGACAAGUCACCCAAGGGCCAGGAGAGGGAAGCCGGCGGGGAAUGCAGCUGCUGCAAGUGCUGCCGCUGCUGCAGAAAGUGCCACUGUGUCAUCUCCUAAGUGCCCUCGCUGCACCCACAGGACAUGUUGACCAUGGGGGACAAGGACAGGCAGCCCCACGGGGACGGGACUGCCCUGCCUGGACACCCUGGGGUGCUGCACCCACGCCCGGCAGAGCUGGCCGUUGGGAGAUGGCACCAGUUGGACUCUGCUCUUGGUUGUCACCUCUGAACUCUGCAGGCAGAUACACCAGUGAUGGGCACCUGUCGGGUCCUGAGACCUCAGUGUGGGGUGCAGGGGAGAAAGGCAAGUCCGCUCUGCUCCACUGAAGCCCAGGAGCCUUGGCGAUGUUCUGUGCCAACACAGAUGCCACCAAGAAGUGCCUACACUGGGGAUGGGAAAGCACGUUGAGCCUGUGAUCCCACACACUGACCCUGGCAGUUCACCCUUACUGAGAAGCCUCCAGCUCCGGGGAAGGUGCAGGCAUUGCCCAUGUGCCGGAGGGUAGGUUUGGGUGAUAGCAGCCCUGUGUGCGUGGCAGAGGAGGACAUCAUUGCUGCUGUCUUGGAGCGGUGGAGAGGAGCCAGGGAUGUGCCCCCAGCCGGGAUGGGAGACACGGUAACCCCCACGCAGCUUCAUGGGGAUCCUGCAGCACCCUGCACCAAGCUCCAGCUGGGUACCGCUCCUCCUCACCACGCUGCCCGUGGGAUGGAGGGAAGGAGGCAGGAAGGACAGAUGGACAAAGUGUGGCAGAGUGCUGGGAAGUGCUCCAUAACAGCACCUGACAGCACAGCAUGGGUGCAGGUGUUAACAUCCCUGUGCCAGGAAACCCCAUUUGGUUCCUCUGGCUCAUGGGGCGCUGGGCACAACCCCCUCAUCCCAUCUGCAUCCACGCUCAGGGCUCCACACCGCGUUAUGGCCGGGUCCAGUGCCAGCAGCGGGGUAGCCCUGGGGCACCCUGUUUGGGAUGCAGAUCCCCCUUGCUCGCCUUCUGCGACCUGCCCCUGGGCGUCUAGGAAGGCAAGCGAGGAGCCCGCCGGCCCCUUUGCAGCAGCCUGGGGUGGCUCUGGGCUGGGUUUUUGGCUGGGGCUGGCGCCAGCGACCUGGAACAAGCAGCCGUUGUGCUGGCGUCCCGCGGGCGGCCGCGCUGCCAGGCGGCGGCUGCGUAAGAGCCAGGGCGGCUGCAGGAACUGCCUGGUCUGAAGGGGCAGGGGCUUGGAAAGAGCGCGCGUGUCAGCAGAUGACUUCAGGGUGCUGCAAAUAAAA